AUGGCUGUCGUACACGCAGGACCCAACGAUUCCUGGCAUGGAGUGAUCAAGUCUGGUAGCCAGUUCCCUCCCGAAGCUGGCCGCUAUCAUCUCUAUGUUGGGCUCUUUUGCCCAUUUGCGCAUCGCGCGCUCCUAGUGAGAUCCCUCAAGGGAUUGGAAUCUCUCAUCGAUGUGUCGGUCGUAAAGCCGUAUCCCAAGGGUGACGACAAUGGAUGGCCCGGCUGGCGAUUUCCUGCUUCAAACGAUGAAUACCCCGGAGCGACAGUGGACAAACUGUUUCAGUCCGAGUACAUGCAUGACGUCUACUUCAAAUCAGAUGCCGAUUACAAAGGACGAUACAGCGUUCCGGUCCUGUGGGAUACGAAAACUGGGACCAUUGUGAACAACGAAAGCGCCGAGUUGCUGCGCUGGUUACCAAAUGCGUUUAACGAUGUGCUGCCUCAAGACGGGCAAAAGUCUGAACUUGACCUCUAUCCGACGCAUUUGAGAAGCGAGAUUGAUGAAAUUACGGAGUGGAUGCAAAGGGAUUUAAACUCGGGGGUUUACAAGGCCGGAUUUGCAGAGACACAGGAAGACUACAAUCGGGGCGUGGUGACUGUUUUCGCAGCCUUGAAUCAUCUCGAAAGCUUGAUCCAUCGCAACGGAGGACCGUACAUCCUAGGCAAAUCCCUUACUGAAUUGGACAUCCGAGCGUACACCACAAUCAUCAGAUUCGACGCUGUCUAUGUCCAGCACUUCAAAUGCAAUCUUGGGACGAUUCGCGCAAAUUACCCCGUUAUUCACGAAUGGCUGAAGAAUCUCUACUGGAACGUGAAGGGAUUCAAAGAGACGACGGACUUUAAACACAUCAAAGAGAACUACACAAAGAGCCAUGCAAAGAUCAACCCGCUAGCAAUUACUCCCUUGGGGCCGUUUCCUGAUGUGGAGGAAGGCAUUGACUUGAACUUUGCCCAUCUCAAGCCGAGAUCCGUAAGGUAUCCGAUUGUGCUUGAGAGACAGGCCGAAUUAUACGCUUAG